AUGAAAACUCCAUAAAUACCUUAUGAAUUCUUCUCAGAUGAAUAAAAGCAAUACUUGGAUAUGCUUGUUAAAUUUUCAGGUCGAACUUAACGUACUCGUCUUGUUUCAAGUCAAGCCAUGCCAAGCAAAAAAUAUCAAUUCCUCAAAACUAAUUUUAUUCUUAUGUCAGCAGAUGAAUAAUACGACUUUAAUUAAGCAGACAAAGUGUUUUCAGAGUAGACAACCAUUGGUGGUCUAAUUGGGUUUGGUAUUUCAGCUCUUUCAAUGCUUUACUUUAUUAAUUCUAGACCAUUGCAUAAGAAGCUGUACGGAGAAAUGUUCACUAGUGGUAUCUUAGGUUUGAUGUUUGGAUUAUCAUUCUAUCAAUACCACAAUUAUCAAUACAGAGAGAAAAUACAUUAAAUGUACGUCAAGUUGUUGGCCACAAAAAAAUUCGGGAGAAUAUGAGAGUAUAUUUAAUUUAAACAGACUUUUUUAAUUUAACAAAAA